AUGGAGUCUUUGGUGUCCCGUGUUGUUUUAUUUGGUGUGUUAUUGGGUGCUUUCGGAGUGUCUGGUCGUUCUGAAGUGAUGGAGCUGAGGGACUCUGAUUUUGAUUAUGUAUCUGCUGACCAGGAGACCAUGCUGGUUAAGUUUUAUACUCCUUGGUGCGGCCACUGUAAAAAACUCGCUCCGGAAUUUGAAGCGGCUGCUAAAAGACUGAAAGGAAUUGCAACUUUAGCCAAGGUGGACUGUACAUCCCAGACUGAGGUGUGUGGGCGGUUUGGGGUCAGUGGGUACCCAACUCUCAAAAUCUUCAAGAACGGGCAGGAAAUUUCUUCGUAUGAUGGUCCGCGCUCGGCAGAUGGAAUAGUGGAGAACAUGAAGAAGCUGGCCGGUCCCGAUUCCACUCCACUGCACACUGAGCGAGACCUGGAGGACUUUAUUGAUCAUUUCGAUGCCAGUGUGGUUGGUGUGUUCGAGAGCGGUGACAGUCCUCGGCUGGCGGAGUUUCUGAAAGGAGCCAAUCUGAUGAGGGACGGAUUUCGCUUCGCCCACAGCACCAACCUGCAGCUUGGACUCAAAUACGAUCUCGAUUCCGAGGGCGUUCUGCUCUUCAGGCCUCCCAGGUUGGCGAGUAAGUUUGAGGAGAGUGUGGUGCGACACAGAGGCGCGUUUUCCGUCACCGGCCUGCGCCGCUUCAUCAGGGACAACGUUUUCGGGAUGUGCCCUCACAUGACCAGAGAGAAUAAAGAUCAGCUGAGGAAGCGGGACCUGCUGACGGCGUAUUAUGAGCUGGAUUACCUGCACAACCCCAAAGGUUCCAACUACUGGAGGAACAGAGUGAUGAAGGUGGCGUCUCAGUACAAGGAACACGGCCUGCUCUUCUCGGUGGCCGACCGGAGAGACUUCCUGGACGAGCUGGAGAACGAUUAUGGGCUGGGCGCGGCGGAAGUGAGCGGCAUGCCGUUCGUCACCGUCAGGACCAGAUCGGGGCACAAAUACACCAUGCGCGAGGAGUUCACGCGAGAUGGAAAAUCAUUGGAGAGGUUUUUGGAGGACUACUCUGCUGGCCGGCUGAAACGUUACGUCAGAUCCGAGCCUGUACCCGCCAGCAACAACGGUCCGGUCAAGGUGGUCGUAGCGGAUACGUUUGAGGACAUCGUGAACGAUCCACAGAAGGACGUUCUGAUCGAGUUUUACGCUCCUUGGUGUGGAAACUGCAAGAAACUUGAACCCAAGUACAGCGAGCUGGCACAGCAGCUUGCCGGUGACCCCAACAUCGUCAUCGCCAAGAUGGAUGCCACCGCCAACGACGUUCCACAAGGCUUUGAUGUCAAAGGAUUCCCCACCGUAUAUUUCGUUCCUGCCGGGAGGAAAGACGAACCCAGGCGGUACGAGGGAGCUCGUGAGGUGAAGGACUUCAUCAGCUUCUUGAAGCGAGAGGCGACCAACUCUCCAGUGCUCGGUGGAGCCAAGGAAGAAUUGUGAAGUCUAACGGGAGAGGAGAAUUCUGGGAAAUGGGGUUUGUGUGACACCCAAGUCCUCCAGAGCUUCACCAGUACGCACCCAGUCUGUUUGAAAGAAGGACGGACAAUCCGAUCUACUCAUAGGUGGAAAAAAGGAACCUGAGGAGCAAAAGUCCUUCAUCAGGUCUUCAGCUGAGCUUGAAGGACCUGACGGACGUUUAUUUAUUCAUUUAUUUAUAUUCCAAGCUGAUGUGAUGCGUGCGCUUACCUGCUUUGUUUUUUAUUUAAUUAAACUGACUGUAAUUUUUACCCGUGUGUAAUAAAACUCAUAUUACUGA